CUCCCGUCACUGCAAAUUCGUCAUCCCGAGUCCGUAGAGAAACUUACCCAACCCUUCAACAACCUUACGUUUAUCCAGCUCUUUCAAAGGCCUCAACUUGGUGAACACCAUCGAUCGAUUCAACAUCAUUCGGCAUCAAUCACCAGCCAAACAUGACCGUCUACCCUCCACGACAGCUCUACUACGACGGCAAGGUCCAGGCCGCAUCAUCAGGCAAAGCCUUCCAGUCCAUUGACCCGUCCAACGCAACGCCCAUUUGCGACAUCCAAGUCGCAUCACACGCCGACGUCGACGCAGCAAUUGACUCGGCGAAGCGUGCAUUCCCAUCAUGGUCCGCGACUCCACCGAUCCAGCGAGCGCGCAUUCUGCAGCGCGCCGCACAGCUGCUGCGGGAGCACAACGACGAGAUUGCGCGCGACGAGACCCGCGACACGGGCAAAGCAUACUCUGAGACGAGCACAGUAGACGUACUGUCCGGCGCAGACACAGUCGAAUACUACGCCAAUCUAGUCGGCGGAGGCGGACUUAACGGCGAAACUACCCAGUUGCGUGAAGACGCGUGGGUGUACACGAAAAAGGAAGCACUGGGCGUAUGUGCAGGGAUCGGAGCAUGGAACUAUCCAAUCCAAAUAGCACUGUGGAAAUCCGGCCCAUGUCUCGCCGCAGGAAACACCAUGGUCUACAAGCCCAGCGAAUUCACCCCUCUCCACGGCGAAACUUUGGCCAAGAUAUACACCGAGGCCGGUCUCCCCGCCGGCGUAUUCAACGUCAUUCAGGGCGCAGGCGACGUAGGCAGCUAUCUCACUUCUCACCCAGGCAUUGCCAAGGUGUCAUUCACAGGCCAAGUAUCGACUGGCCAGAAAGUAGCUGGGUCUGCCGCUGGAGGGAUGAAAUACGUGACGAUGGAACUCGGCGGUAAAAGCCCUGUGCUCAUCUUACCGGACACGAAUCUCGAGAAUGCCGUCGACGGCGCGAUGAUGGCAAACUUUUAUAGUACAGGCCAAGUCUGCACGAACGGCACCCGCGUGUUUGUUCCCCACUCGCUCAAGGCGCCGUUUGAGAAGCGCCUCGUUGAGAAAAUGGACCAUGUGCGCGCGGGACAUCUCAUGGAUCCGAACACCAAUUUUGGGCCCCUCGUGAGCAAGGUCCAUUAUGACAAGGUCGCCAAGUACAUCUGGCAUGGCAUCAAGGUCGAUCAGGCCAAGUUGCUGUAUGGUGGGAAUUUGGGGGAGUCUAGAUCUGGUGACAGCAACACCCCCAUCCUCCCUCUCCCGCAGAACCUCCCUGCCGAGCUACACUCUGGCUACUGGAUCCCGCCUACCGUCUUUACCGACUGCACCGACGACAUGCUCAUCUGCCGCGACGAAAUCUUUGGGCCCGUCAUGAGCAUACUAUACUAUGAUGACCGGGCCUCUUCUCCCUCUUCUUCUAAUCCCUCUUCCUCAUCUCCAUCUAAUCCUGCCCCGGCCCACGGGACGUCAUCUGAUCAUCAUAACUCCUCAUCUCGGGCCCCCGUCCUCGCCGACCGAGUCCUAGAUUCGCUGGUCCGGCGCGCAAACAACACCCCCUUGGGUCUCGCGGCGGGCGUAUUCACGCAGGACAUCAACCUCGCGCACAAAAUCACGUCCCGGCUCGAAGCGGGCAUCACGUGGAUCAACACGUGGGGCGAGAGCCCCGCGGAGAUGAGCGUCGGGGGCUGGAAACUGUCCGGCCUAGGUGUAGAAAAUGGGCGGCAGGGAAUCGAUGCGUGGACGCGGAAUAAGAGCACGUUGGUGGAUAUGGCAAGCAGCGGGGUGCAGACUGUGUUUGCGAAGAUUUGAUUUUACAUUUGAUUUUACAUUUGAUUUACAUUUGAUUUGCAUACCUUGCCUACCCUACGUGCCUUACGGACCUGAGAUCGUACGUAGGUACCUUGGAUGAAUCGAGUAGUUUAUUAAGCAAAAAGUGCGGGCGUACAUAAAGAAGAGGCUGACGGGACUACUGUGUGGCGGAAAAGUUACAGGAUAUGAUUGAGCUACGCUAGACGACUAGGCUUUUCCAGAAUGAUUCAUUGUCAUUGGUAAAAGGUACUAUUAUUCACAAAUGAAGUGAAGAUAUAAAAAAUAUGGAAAAAUAGUUUCCAAAUGAAAUGGGGAAAAAGAAAAAAAAACGGGAAAAG